UAGUCAAGCUCGGGCUCGUCCAGCGCGAAGAGCUUCGGCGGUCGAGGCCUGGAGGCAGGCGGGGUGGUCCUCCUCACCAGCAGCCCGAUCGCUCUGGAGGUCAUGGGCACCACCACCACCGCGACGGUGGAGGCAUGGGUAGGCCUCGCGACCCCCCUCCGCAUGGUCCUCCGCCGCACCGCCCUGGCCACGGCCACGGCCACGGCCAGGGCAGGCGUCCUGGCCAUGGUGAUCACCGCCGCUGGUCCAGCCCUACCCACGGACCACCCCGCGGACCUUUCGAAGAACACGGUGGACUGCACUCGCACCACGGACUCGGCCACCACCACCACGGCGGCGAGAGCGAAGGAGAAGAAGAAAUGGUGAUGAUGCAAGCCAGGCCGCGUGGCUCUCCUCAUGGAAUGCAGCCCCCCAAGCACCUACGCAGACAACAAGGCGGUCGUCGUCGCCACGGGAAGCCCAUGCAAGACCGCCAAAUGCACCCUUUCCACGGCGAGGGUGUACACAGCAGCGGGGGUCAAGGAGAGCGUGGUCCUGGAAUGCACAUGGGCCCAGGUCACCGCGCCCACCCUCGUCGCCACCCGGAACACCACGGCAUGCACCACCUGGACAGCGACCGAGACGCCGCCGGUAUGGACAUGGGCCAUGGCCCCGUUCCUCUCAGGGCAGGACAGCACCACCACCACAGCCCCGUCUGUCUACACCAGGGACUGCACGACCCGCCCCCCGGCCCGCCCGGCAUGCGGGGCGGAAUGCGGUGCGAGGACUUCGGUGAUGACUUCCACCCCCGGCAGCAUCAGCACCAGCACCAGCAGGACCUGCAGCAGCACGGAAGGAUGGCGGCGGGUCGUGCUCGCGUUCACCCCUGUCAUGAGCGCCCCCCGCCCCUGCCGAUGAUGCCGAUGCAGGUCUACUGAGAAGAUUAAGCACACCAUGAUCACGGCUGGUUGGACGGUAUGUUGCUGCUGGACAGAAAGCUACAACGAGGCAGCAGCAUUGACGUGGAGUAGAAUGUAAAUCUUCGGUGGAAGAACAAGAGACGGUUUCCUCUGAUUUUGGUGUGCUUUGAAUUUGUUUGUUAACUUGCAAUUGGGCAGAAGCCUCCCUCGGAAAAACUGGUACGAGGGAAAAAGGACGUGCGCGUUACGGUAUACACCUGUGCGUGGUACGGUACGUUCUAGAGAGCCUCUGCGCUCAUGCAGCCGUAGUGUAAGUAAGUUUUCGUGUUUGAAGAGUUUUGCAUUUGUGUGUGUACGCGACCAGUUGUGGGGAUUUCUGCCCCCUGUGUACGGCUGUGCUCUUUGUAAUUUGCUCUGCGGUGGCAACUAAUAGCUGCGGUGUCGUAGCAGGUAGUAGACGUAAAUGACCUCUGAGGUUGUAGCGGGGUGGGCCGCCUGGCCAAGAGUGACGGAAAGCACAAUUUCUUUCUUUUUUUCUGUUGGCGGUGUUGGUGUUUGGCGGGUGUGGUGAGUGAUGGUAGCCACCUCGGAGCCGUCCAUAGCUGCUAGUCGUUUCUCUGUUGCGUUUCGCGGUUUUUGGGUACGCGUGGGUGUGUAUCGUCGAAGCCACUUUCAACAGUAGUAGUGGCGUGGCAGGCGAAAGGGGACACACAGAAGAAGAGUAGACUAGUGCAGCCACAGAAGCGUAUGUAACACUUGUCUUAGCGGCAAGGCGUACGUGCGUGUUGUUGUGCUCAGGCCGGCCUUCGUUGUGUAGUUGCAGUGACACCACGGUGUCUUGUCUUGGUGGUACCGUGUGCUGUAUGGAGGAUAGUAGGCAGACAGUGUUUCAGGCCGCAUGCGUGCAGCACAAGUAUUGUUGUGCUUGUGAUGGAGCACCCGACAAAAGAAAAAAAAAAAAACAGU